AUGCACGCGCCGGAUGCAGACGUGCCCAAGGGCAGGAAGAGGUUUGUUCCGCUGGAGAACAACCCCGAAGUUAUGUCGUUGCUAGUGCACAAGCUCGGUUUGUCCGAAAAGCUUGCUUUCCAUGACGUCUUCAGUAUCGACGAGCCGGAACUCCUUGCGUUCGUCCCUCGACCCGCGCUCGCUCUCCUUCUCAUCUUCCCAGUCAGCGAAACCUAUGAGAAGUUCAGGGUGCAGGAGGAUUCUCCGAAGCCUGAGUAUCAGGGCUCCGGCCCAGAUGAGCCCGUCGUAUGGUACAAGCAGACGAUCGGUAACGCUUGUGGUCUUAUCGGCCUGCUUCAUGGCGUGUCCAACGGCGCGGCCCGCUCUUACAUCGAGCCUAACAGUAACCUCUCAAAGUUGAUCUCUGACGCCAUCCCCCUCAAGCCUGUUGAACGCGCUGAACUCCUCUAUGAAUCUCAGGCACUGGAGAGUGCUCACCAGUCAGCAGCUACCGGUGGAGAUACUUCUGCACCCGAGGCUGAUGUUUCUGUCGACCUGCACUUUGUUUGCUUCAUCAAGUCGGAGGACAACCAUCUCUGGGAAAUGGACGGAAGGCGCAAGGGACCUCUCGAUCGGGGUGUUCUCACAGCGGACGAGGACGUCCUCUCGGAAAAGGCCCUUGACCUUGGCGUCCGAAGCUUCCUGAAGCGGGAACAGGAGGCUGGUGGUGGCGACUUGCGCUUCAGCUUGAUUGCGCUCAGCCCGAGUCUUGACUGA